AUCAUGUCAUGGCCAUAUCGCAAUAGGUGCACCUGGAAUUCCUUGUAUUAUUUAUUGGUCGCUCUGUACGUACGCAAAGCAAGUAGCCAAGCGUGUCAUCGUACCAGGUCAUAUCAGUCCUGCGUUAGCUUCACUGGCAGCAAGAUACGCCUACACCAUGAUCAUAUACUUCGCGAUUCCAGUCUUCUUAUUUUCGUGAACCAGGUUUGGCAGUAUACAAUACAGACACCCGUCGGCCGAGAUGUGGAAGAUCAUGUUGGUGUCUAAACGGUUCAUCUUUGGCUUGAUAAGCCUUCAUCUGAUGAUGGGUUGCACUGGUGGUAACGAGAUGUGUAAGGCCUCCAUUGGGCAUGGAUGGGCGUGUCCUCCGACUUGGUACCAGUGGGGACGCAAAUGCUACAAAGCCAUCACUGAGCGCCUAACAUGGUCUGAGGCAAAACAGGAGUGCAUCAAGAUGGGAAGUGUCUUGGUCGUGCCACAGUCCCAGGAGGAAACUGAGUUCCUCCUGCAACUAGUGCCGUCAGAGCCAAGUGGCUUUUGGAUCAACUGCAAUGAUCUUGAGGAAGAAGGUGCUUGGAAGUGUCAAGAUGGUACUGAUGAGGUGGAGUACAGGAAUUGGUUUCCGGGGCAACCCGAUAACCGAGGUGAAGAAGACUGCGCUCUGGUAAUUAUGCCUGCUGCGAUAUGGAAUGAUGCGUCGUGUGAUCUCCUACGGCGCUCCGUGAUAUGCAUCCGACCUGCACCACAGCUGUGAACCCGCAGAUCAGUGAUUGUCACUAUAUAUGGUGCAAAAAUGCCUGACAUUUUUCUCAAUGUCUCAAUCCCAUCACAGAACCAAUAACAGUGAUAGGACGUUUACAAGGCGAGU